CCCCCGCCGCCGCCGGGAGCCAACCCCGCUGACUACUACCACCAAAUGACGCUGAUGGCCGGCCACCCGAACCCCUACGGGGACCUCCUGAUGCAGAGUGGGGGAGCAGCCAGCACAGCCCACCUCCACGAUUACCUCAGCCCCGUCGACGUGUCCCGGUUUUCGAGCCCACGGGUGACUCCGAGAUUAAGCCGAAAACGAGCCCUGUCUAUCUCCCCACUGUCUGAUGCCAGCAUUGAUCUCCAGACGAUGAUCAGGACCUCCCCAAACUCUCUCGUGGCGUAUAUCAACAACUCCAGAAGCAGUUCAGCGGCGAGUGGCUCCUACGGCCAUUUAUCUGCCGGAACAAUCAGCCCGGCGUUCAGCUUCCCCCACCCCAUUAAUCCCGUGACAUACCAGCAGAUCCUGACCCAGCAGAGAGGCCUGAGCUCAGCCUUUGGACACACUCCUCCCCUGAUCCAGCCAUCCCCAACCUUCCCCCCGCGGCAACACAUGGCGGUCAUCUCCGUCAACCCACCACCAGCACAGAUCAGCAGCAACAGCAACUGCAUCUCUGACUCCAGCCAGAGCAAGCAGAGCAGCGAGUCGGCCGUGAGCAGCACAGUCAAUCCAGUAAUUAACAAGCGCAGCAAAGUCAAGACUGAAGUCGAGGGCUUGCCCCCAGCGUCCCCAACCACACAGGAGCAUCUGACAGACCUGAAAGAAGAUCUAGAUAAGGAUGAAUGUAAACAGGAGCCUGAGGUUAUUUAUGAGACGAACUGUCACUGGGAAGGGUGCACAAAGGAAUAUGACACUCAAGAGCAGCUCGUCCAUCACAUCAACAACGAUCACAUCCAUGGGGAGAAGAAGGAGUUUGUCUGCCGCUGGCAGGACUGCACGCGGGAGCAGAAGCCCUUCAAGGCUCAGUAUAUGUUGGUGGUGCACAUGCGAAGACACACCGGAGAGAAGCCACACAAGUGCACGUUUGAGGGUUGUUCCAAAGCCUAUUCCCGCCUGGAGAACUUAAAGACACACCUGAGGUCCCACACUGGAGAAAAACCCUAUGUCUGUGAACACGAAGGCUGCAAUAAAGCCUUUUCCAAUGCCUCGGACAGAGCCAAGCACCAGAACAGGACACAUUCCAAUGAGAAACCCUACGUCUGUAAAAUCCCUGGCUGCACGAAGCGGUACACAGACCCUAGUUCCCUCAGGAAACACGUCAAGACUGUGCACGGGCCUGAUGCCCACGUCACGAAGAAGCAGCGCAACGAUGUUCACCCGAGGCCACCUCCGCUCAAGGAAAAUGGGGACAAUGAGGCAAGCGCCAAGCAGAGCAGCAAGGUUUCAGAGGAGAGCCCCGAGGCCAACAGCACCAUGAGGAGCAUGGAGGAUUGCUUACAAGUCAAAAUGAUAAAAACGGAGAAUUCUGUGAUGUGUCAGUCCAGUCCUGGUGGCCAGUCGUCGUGCAGCAGUGAGCCGUCACCCCUUGGCAGCACCAACAACAAUGACAGUGGAGUAGAAAUGAACAUGCACAGCGGGGGAAGUCUGGGAGAUCUGACGGCGUUGGAUGACAACGCUCCUGUUGUGGACUCAACGGUCUCAUCUGGUAAUUCGACAGUCAGCCUGCAGCUAAGGAAACACAUGACGACGAUGCAACGACUUGAACAGCUCAAGAAAGAGAAACUCAAGACAGUUAAGGAUUCCUGCUCAUGGGUGAGCCCAGCUCCACAAGCCAGAAACACCAAGCUGCCUCCCAUCUCAGGAAACGGUAAGCCCUGGGCCUGGGUCAUGUCCAGUAGGAACCCUUCAGACGGUGGUUCUUCUGCUACGCUGCCUAAUCCCAGAAUAAUGGAGCUGUCUGUCAAUGAGGUUACGAUGCUGAACCAACUCAACGAGCGCCGUGAUAGUACGACAAGCACCAUCAGCUCCGCCUACACUGUCAGCCGCAGAUCAUCAGGGAUCUCCCCGUACUUCUCCAGCCGCCGUUCCAGCGAGGCUUCGCAGCUCGGGCACCGUCCCAAUAACACAAGCUCUGCCGACUCCUACGACCCAAUUUCAACAGAUGCCUCCCGUCGGUCAACCAAGUAUGCUGCUGCCACGGGGGGCCCUCCUCCAACUCCCCUGCCGAACAUGGAGAGGAUGACCCUGAAGAACAGGAUCUCACUUAUGGAUGGACCAGAGCCCACCUUGCCCUCCAUCCGCCUCCCACCAGGCCCCAGGCGUUGCAGUGAUGGUAACACCUAUGGCUACCCGUCAGCUGCAGCGUUUCCCCAUGAGGUGCCGGGCAACUGCACGAGGCGGGCAAGCGACCCAGUGAGGAGACCUGCCGGAGACCCCCAGGCCCUCCCACGAGUUCACCGCUUCAACAGCACCAGCAGCAUGAACCCCUUCCAUCCUCCACACCCUGCGGACAGGAGGAAUUUUGGCCUCCAGAGCUAUGGUCACUCGGACGGGAGUCUCCCCCGGCACACCUACUCACCCCGGCCGCUGAGCAUCAGCGAAAAUGUCGCCAUGGAAGCCAUGUCCGGGGAGGCAGAGGUGCCUGUUGGAGACGAUGACAUUAUGCUGCCAGAUGACGUGGUGCAGUACAUCAAAUCCCAGAGCAAUGGGACGGUGGCCGAGAGCACUUCCAUGGGGUACAGCAAUGAGAUGCAGAGCUUCCAGGGAAGCGGGAAGCUGCAGCCUCCAGCCUUGCCCGGCCAGCGCAGGAUGGCGGUCGCUGAGGCAAGCAUGAGCCACUUGGGACCCAUGAUGGCAGAGUGUCCCAUGAGCUUUGAUGCUUCCUCAGACAUGAAUAAAAAUAACAUGCCCGUCCAGUGGAACGAAGUCAGCUCGGGUACAGUUGAUAUCAUGUCCAAUCAGUCAAAGCAGCAGUUUUCGCAAGGGAACUUAGCGGUGGUCCAGCAGAAGCAGAACUUCGGCCAGUACCAGAACUACAACCAGCAGCAGAUGCAGCUGCCAGAGAACAGUAUGAACGUAACACAGCAGAGCUUUAUGCAAAGAAAUGUGGGCAUGGACGGGCAGAGGCUAAACUGUAUGCAGCUGCGGCAGCAGCCAAUGAGCCUAGGCCCUGGUAUGAACCACGAUCUGGGUUUGCACACAGGGUAUAACCAACCUCAUCAGAUGCUGAGCCCCAGUGCAAUCAGUGGCAACCCAAAUCAGAUCUCUCCGUCUUGUAGCAGCAUGGCAGCAAAGUCCGGACCCCACCUUCACCCUCAGCAAAUGGACAUGGCGACCGACCCUUCUUUAAUGGUCGGCAGCAACAGUGAGCGCACGAUGCUGGGCCAGGUCAUGCACGAACCAAGUCAGCAGAACUACUCAUCUCAGCCAACCCACCUGAACUUCCCCAUGGCUCAGGAGGCCUUUCAUCAGCCCAUCAUGACCUCCAACCAGCCCAGCUUUGAGCCUCAGCAGAGCAUGAUGGGCUCAGCCACGCAGGCAUAUCCGCCUGGCAUGGUCCAGCCUCGUCCUCCGCCCGAGCCGAGCCCGGCCAGCAGACCCCGAGGCCUCCGCACCGUCCAGCAGCUGGGCUACAUGAGAACUCCCCACCCUACAAACACCAUCAGCCCGGGCCAGGAGGUGGCGGAGGCCACGCAUAAAAGAACUGGCGACAUGUUGCCAGCACCAGCCCAGCAGUGUGCGGACGGCACGAGGGAAAACAAUUUGAUGUACUAUUAUGGUCAAAUCCACAUGUACGAACAGAACAGCAGCUUCGAUAAUCACGCAGACUGCCGGGUCAGACAGCAGCAGUGCGCGCUGAACAGCAAGCCGGCCGCUCUGCCUUCCCCGGGCGCGAACCAGGUGUCCAGCACGGUGGACUCGCAAGGUCUUGAGCCGCCCCAGAUAGAUUUUGAUGCCAUCAUGGACGAUGGGGACCAUUCGAGCCUGAUGUCGGGAACCCUGAGCCCCAGCAUCCUGCAGAACCUCUCCCAGAACUCCUCUCGCCUGACGACUCCACGAAACUCUCUGACACUGCCCACCAUACCCGCGGGAAUAAGCAAUAUGGCAAUAGGCGAUAUGAGCUCCAUGCUAACCACGCUGGCGGAAGAGAGUAAAUUUCUAAACAUGAUGUCAUAA